ACCAAGUAAAUGGUAUCUUAUUCAAUCAGAAUCUCCUUUCCGGCUCCCACUAUAAUCAAAAGGUCGACCAUGAUCCUCAUAAUUUAACUCGAGUUCCUUGGAUGAUGCGCACUAGCCGUACUUUAACCUAGGUAACGUGGAAGACCCAGAAACCUCCAACGAAGCUUCGUAUGAGCAAAGCCGGGAGGGAAUCAGGAGCCAAAUUUGCAUCAUCCUUCAUCUUUUGUACAAUCAACAUCUGGGUUACAGCAGACUUAGCUCUCAAGAAACUUUGCAUCGGUAAAAACGAAUUUUCUCGACCCCUGGCCCUGGACUGGACUGGACUGAUUGGACUCUGCCCCCUGUUCUGUAACUCUGUUCUAUAUAAAUACCAACAAACAUGAAUCCUCCAACUCCUGAAAAAGCCAAAGAUUCAGAGAGAGAGAGAGAGAUAGGCAGAUGGAAACUAUAAUGGAAGAAGUGGUGAUUGUAGGCGCCGGAAUAGCAGGCCUGGCGACGGCUCUGGCGCUGCAGCGAGUUGGGAUCCGAGCUCUGGUUCUUGAAAAAGCAGAGUGUCUGAGAACCACCGGAUCCGCGUUGAAUCUCUUCCCCAAUGCCUGGAUUGCUCUCGACGCCUUGGGAGUCUCUCACAAGCUCACUCCCCUUUACCGUCCUCUGACCACCGGCUCCAUCACCGAUGUUGCCACCGGCGCCGUCCGGCAAAUCUCCCUCACCGGAGCUUUCUUGGGAAAGAGGGAAGGACCCAGACCAGUUCACCGCAAAAAGCUGCUGGAGGCUCUGGCCGAGGAGCUCCCGCCUGGCUCGAUUCGAUUCUCGUCUCAACUCGAUUCCAUCGAAACCCGAACAGAAAAAGACGCAGUUGUGCAUUUGAAAGACGGAACCACCAUCAAGUCUAAGGUUCUAAUAGGGUGCGAUGGAUUGCAUUCAGUGGUUGCAGAAUGGCUAGGACUCUGGGCUCCGAUUCACUCAGGCCGAUCCGCGGCUCGUGGGUUAUCGGUUUUCCCACAAGGCCAUGGACUGGGAAGCUCUGUUCAGCAGUUUCUGGAUGUAGGCAAAAGGGCCGGCGUUGUUCCCUUGAAUGAUAAUGAAGUGUACUGGUUCAUCACUUGCCAAGGAGACCACAAGACAUACGACCCAAUCACGAUCCAAAAGGAAGUAGUCGAGCACCACGCCUCGAACUUCCCUUCAAUCUACCUCGACGUGGUCCGCCAUUCGGACCUGUCGUCGCUGUCGUGGGCGCCACUGAUGCUGAGGAAUCCGUGGAACAUCAUAGUCGGCAACGUGAGCAGAGGGAAUGUCACGGUGGCAGGGGAUGCGAUGCACCCGAUGACGCCCGAUCUCGGGCAAGGCGGGUGCUGUGCGCUGGAGGAUGCGGUGGUUCUUGGGAGGCACAUCGGGAACUCGUUCAUGGCCAACGGUGGGAAGUCGCUGGUGGCGGAGGAGAUGGGCCGAGUGUUGGGUGCGUACGUGAAGGAGCGGAAAUGGCGAGCGGCGGGGAUGGUGACGGGGUCGUAUGUGUCGGGUUGGGUGCAGCAGAGCAGCGGCGGGAGGAAUUGGUGGAGGCAGCUGCUCAGGGUUGUGUUCUAUGCUUACUUGUUUGUUAUGCUUGGUAGACAUAUCAAGUACGAUUGCGGUAAGCUCCCGAUUGCCAAGGUUGAUGACGCCAAAUUGGACUAGGCAUGGACUGAUUGAUUUGGUUGUGGUUGAGAUGUAUGUAUGUAUGUAACAUUUUCAGUUUUUAUCAGUGUUAUCAAAAUCGAACCGGAUUAGCAUGGAUGGGAUUAGGUGCUAACUCUUAUAGGGGUUAGCACCGUGAUAACUAGCAAAAAACGCUACUAAAAAUAACGAAAUCACUACGGAUUAUUAUCUAAAUCACUACUAAUUCAAACUAGUAGUAGUUUUUCCCUUGAUUAGGACGGUGCUAACUAUUGUACAAUUAGCACCGUAGCCGUUCCCAGAUUAGCAAGAUGUUUAAGAUUUAUCGAAUAACCGGUGCUAUAUAACCGGUCAUAACAUACUAGAGUAUUAAGGUUUAAAAUAAGAAUGGUUUCAUAGUACAUUUGAAUAUAAAUACUAGUAUUUAAA